CUCGCUCUCAGAAGUUCAGGUCACUUCUAGAGAUCUAUAGCCACCAAACUCAAAAUGGUAAAGGGACGCCAAGGAGAACUAUAUGUAAGAGGAACCAUCGUCGGAUACAAGAGUGAGAGCUCAUAAGGCUACAAUUGAAGACUCAAGGAGAGAAAAUGCUCACGAGACAAUCCUUUGGUAAAGAUAUCAACAAGCUGAGAAAUAGUUGAGACAUGUCGAAGUUGAAUGGGCCCACGAGCAACUAACUCACAAAUGAAGUGCAAAUCGAUAUCACUAUGCAGAGUGCGAGCAUGAAACACUGGAUUAACAGCCAAGUACAGAGCAUACUAAUUGUUAUGAAACACAAGUGGAGAUGAGUGUAGCAGAAUAACGAACUCCUAUAGAAGAUAACAAAACCACUGAACAUCAACAAUUACAUGUGCAAGUGCCUGAUAUUUGGACUCUACACUAGAGUAGGAUAGAGUAGCCUGGGCAUUCCAACAAACAAGGUUGAGCCUAGGAAAAUACAACCACCAGUGAUAGAAUAGUAUCGAAUCAUAAUCAGAUUGAAUCAAAUCAAUUAGAAUUGGAUUCAGUCAUAAUCAGACAAAAUGAGAAAGCAUAUAUUAUUUAACAGCCUUGCUAGCAAUAAGUUUGGUUCAUUUAGAUUAAAUAAUGAUAGUAUGAUAAAUUUAGAUUGAUUUUUGUUUAAUGAGAUACUAAGAAAUCGAGUGGUUACCAGUUAGCCUCUGUUUGGAUAUGAGAUAAUGUUUUUUUAGUGAGUCGUGUUAUUGGUUUACAUUUUCCUGAAACAGGAAAGAUAUGCAUUUGUAUUGCUUUGAAUUUUUUGUGUUCUUUUAUUUUUGAGUUCUCUGUGUUAUUGGUUUAAAAAUAUUUUUUUGCGUUACUAGGAAAAAUAUUCAAGAGAACUAGAAUUAGCACUUGUUUGGUAUUCAAUGUUUCAUAAAUUGGCUCAGUUCGCAAUAUGUUAGAUUUCUCCCAGAUUGAGGUCAGACUUCCUAAACAGGGUGGAGGUUCUGAGGUAGUCAAAACAUGUUUUGCAGCAAAGGGGUUUACUUUUGCUGCUAGAACAACUGAUGGUCCUGGAGAAUUUGGUUUUAAGCAAAGGGAUGACCAGGGAAGUCCCUUUUGGAGGCUUGUGCGCAAUGUAUUUAAAAAGCCUAAUAAAGAACAAGUUGAUUGUCAACAUCCAAAGCCCAUUUUGCUUGACACUGGGGAAAUGAAGCAACCAAACGUUUGGGCAGGCCAUUCACUUGUCAACAAUCUCGUUUCUAUAACCUUAAGCUUCCAGAAGUCAAUUGUUACAGUUUUUAUAAACCAACUUCUAGAUGUCUUUUUAGUCCAAUGGAGUUGGUAUGCCAUGGAGACAUGAUAUUUUUGGAUUACUCUUAGUUGUAUAAACCAACUUUAAUAACAUGGUGCACUUUUGCUUCUUCUCUCAAAGCUCCUCCACAUUUUGUAUGUAUGUAUAUUAUACUCAUUUUAAUCAU